UUCACGAAACCUCACUCAAUCCGCACUGUGAACAGGAGCAAUUGAACCUGUAAGCGAAAAAAAGCAGUCAUAGUAAUACACAGUUGUUGCAAUCAACGUGUUUGAAUAAAUACGGCUCUUGUCUUGGAUUGAAUUGAAUGCUCAGGGAUUGGAUUGCAUGCCCUGACAAGCGGUGCUGCUGCAAAACUUUGGAACUUGAAGCCUUGACAGUGCAGUUCAACCAAUAUGUUUCUUUUUUCCCUCGCUGUUGUUGUGGUGCAUGGUUUUUACUUCAGCGCUGCAGACGCAUCUAUGCGGAAUGUGAAGUCAAACAACAUGAGCGCAGAAAACAACAGCCGGUGCAGCGUGGUAGACAAGACCUUUACCUCAGUAUUCUUGCCGAGUGUUUAUGUGAUCGUGUUCUUUAUCGGUGUCAUCAGCAAUUGCUGGGGAUUACGGAGUUUACUUGCAAAAUGGACAACAAUCGGCUGCAUAAACGUGUUUGUUCUGAAUCUUGGCAUUGCGGACCUACUGUAUGUAAUCACUUUACCUUUUCUGGUCUGUUACUAUGCCAUGGACAGAAAGUGGAUCUUCGGGCACGCCUUCUGCAAGAUAACUCGAUUUUGUUUCAAUCUUAAUUUAUACGGGAGCAUUGGAUUCCUAACAUGUAUCAGUGUUUACCGGUAUUUGGGCAUUGUCCACCCAAUGAAAGUGAUGGGUAGAAUCCGAGUGUGUCAUUCAGUCAUAAUAUCUGUCAUAACCUGGGUUCUGGUCGUUGCUCAAAUUGUCCCAGAUUUGUACUUCAAUAAAUCAGAUCAGAAUUCUACAACCGCCUGCUACGACACUACAUCAAAAGACGAAAUCUUCAAGUACCUGCCGUAUAGCAUCGGAUGGACUAUCACUGGAUUUUGUAUACCGUUGCUUGUUAUUUUGGUGUGCUAUGGUCAUGUAGCAUUCGUUCUCACCGACAGGAAAAUGCCCAGCGUGAACUCUUUGAUGAAGCAGCGAUGCUUGAAACUGAUUGUAAUCCUCACAGUGUUAUUUGUCGUGUGCUUCAUACCCUAUCACAUUUUAAGGAAUCUCAAUUUAAAGACAAGGGUAUUGCAAAUUGAAGGGAAAUGCAGUGACGCUUUCAAUCACAUCUAUGUGUCGUAUCAGGUGAGCAGAGGACUUGCUUGUCUGAACAGCGCUAUGAAUCCCUUAGUUUAUUUGUUAAUCAAUGACAAGAUCAUUAUAAAGAUGAAUAUUCUUAGUAAAACGGCCAGAAGUUCACUGGGGCAUUUAUCAGCUCGAAAAUCCACUCAGUUGUCGAUGGACAGGUUGGAUUCUACAUGAACACCCUCGAAGAACCGAUUCACUUAAAAAACUGAUUCGGGCUUCUUAAAAAAAAAAGUGCCAGUCCUGAAGUGGUUACAAAAGUGUUUUAAACAAACCAUUCAAAUGUUGAAUAUUGACUGUGAAAUCUGAAAAGAGACUGAACAGCAUGACGCUUCUGAAUUGAAAACGGCUCCUUUUAAUGCUCAACAUGUUUCCUCCAUAGAGAAGUGCAGAAAUACACAGCAUGGAAACAGAUUGUUUUGGGCAGCCACUACCAGCUUGUGUAUGUGCAGCACUCUAUACUAUAUUAUGUAUUCUAUUGUAUAUGAGAAACUAUUUUGAAGAUCACGCUUAAUUAUGGUAAAUUAAGUUCAUAAAAAUAAAUGCAAAAUAAUAGUGCUUAUUGUAUGUAAAAUACCUGAAGCAUUUCUAUAUUGCACUGUAUAUUAAGUAGUCUAUUUCAUCUGUGUUACUCAGUGUUACUGUAAAUAAUCAUGUACAUUGUAUUAAACUAUUUCAAACAGGGAAUAUUACUGCACUUAUGAAAUUUGAUUCCGCAACAUUGCCAAUCAACAGCGACUCACUUUACAUCGACAAUACUCUGACUUUAUGAUUAAGAUGUCUUCUAGUCAUUGUAUGGACAAAUCAUCAAAUACUGCACUGGUAUUAGUAAUACAUUACCUGAAUCCUUUGAGUCUCUGUCAGAUGGCAAGGUUGCUGUUCAUUCGCCUAGCAGGACCAAUGAAAUAUUAUUCUACACAGCAGAUGCUUUUUAAAGUGUGGAAGUCAAGUAGAUACAUAUUUCAGUACCUCCGUUAAAGGCAUCAGAUAGUGCACUCAUCAAUGUUUUUAAAAGCAGUGGAUGGAAAAAUAGAUUUCUGCAAGACAACAUAUAUUUUGAUAUCUUGAUACAUUGCCUCAGUAGCAGAACAUUGUAACAAGAAUGCCGUUGUUUAUGUUUUCAAAACUCAAGUGAAGAAAUAUCUGGCCUAAUUUGCACAAGCUUUUAUACUUGAGUCAUUUAAAGCCUGCUUUGAAUUUUUGUUUUGUUUUAAAAUAUCAAGAUGCUUGUCUAGCAAAGUGUAAUGAAGAGCAGAACAGGACAUUUUCUGAAACAAGAUUUGUCUGACUUUUCCAGAUCUAUUCAAGGUUUUUCUUAUCUAUAUUGGGUGUUCCUCAGUUUUUGGGCGCCCUUCUGUUAACAUUUUAGUUAUUUCCUUCCCUUUGGCAAAGGAAUCAUGGUAGCAAAGUUUAUCAGUAGAUUGUCAUUCAUAUCUGCAGUAGCCCAUCACUUCAACAAUGAUGAUCACACUGCUGAAGACAUCACAGUUUAUGUGAUCAAUCAGUGCUAUGGAACAAAUGUUGCUCGGAAACAAAAGGAGCGAGAGUUUAUCUUCAAACUGGGAACUUUGGAACCUCUGGCAAUAAACAUUCUAUUCUUAUAAUGACAUCAUCCACAGAAUUUUUGUAUAAUUACAACUCUUGAAUAGCAACAAGUUUACUGCACUUUGUUUACUUUUCUUUUUAAACAGCUGAAGAAGGGCUUUUGCCUGAAAAUAAAAUAUUUUUUAUCUUUUAAA